AUGGCCGACGUAUAUCGACCAUAUCAGCAAAUGGGAACAUGCGAUCGAUGCGACUUCGGACGCGGCGCGGCGCCUGGUCUCGACUAUCGCAAGAUGGUCAGUGCGGGGAGGAGCCACCUCCAACAGGUGCCGCUGCAAACCAGCUUUGCCCAGCUUGCUUGGGAGUAUAUGUUUGUCCCUCCCAAAAUCAUGGGAAAUCUCGCAACUCAAUUUUUUGGGGAAAUUUUGCAAUAA